AUGGAUCAAGAUACAGAAUCAUUUAGAGAUGAUGAAAGUUCAAUAUAUAAUGAGGGUGGUUCAUUUUGGGAAAGAACACAUAAACCAAGAUUAAUUAUUUUAAUUAGACAUGGUGAAAGUGAAUCAAAUAAAGACAAAACAAUUAAUGAAAAUGUUCCAAAUCAAUUAGUUGCAUUAACUAAAAAAGGUUUGGACCAAGCUCACCAUGUAGGUACAGAAUUAUUAAGAAUUUUAAAUGUUGAGAAUCAAAAUGUUGUUAAUGAACUUUCACAAAAAUAUAACCUUUGUGAAACAGAUUGUGGUAAAUUACCUUUAAUUAAUUAUCAACCAUUGAAUAAGAAUAUUGAUAAAAAUAUUGUAUUUUAUACAUCGCCCUAUAGAAGAACAAGAGAAACUUUAAAAGGUGUUUUAAAUGUUAUUGAUGAAUAUAAUUUACGUAAUGCUAAUGUUGCCACAUGCCCAGAUUAUGAAUAUAAACCAAAUGGUAGACAAAAAUCUGCAAUUUGGCCAUCACCAAAUCAUAGACCAAGUGGUGAAUAUGAAAAUGAUAAAAGUACACAUCGUUUGAGUAAUAAAAUUCCAGGUAAAACUUAUUUAAAAUAUAGAGUAAAAGAUGAUCCAAGAAUUAGGGAACAAGAUUUUGGUAAUUACCAAGAUGUUAAUAAUAUGCAAGAUGUAUUGAAGAAAAGAUCAGCAUAUGGUCAUUUUUUUUUCCGAUUUCCACAAGGUGAAAGUGCCGCUGAUGUUUAUGAUAGAGUAGCAAGUUUUCAAGAAACAAUGUUUAGACAUUUUCACGAAAGACAUUCAAAUAAACCUCGAGAUGUUGUUGUUUUAGUCACACACGGCAUAUAUGCAAGAGUAUUUUUAAUGAAAUGGUUUAGAUGGACAUAUGAAGAAUUUGAAUCUUUUACAAAUAUACCUAAUGGUUGUAUGAUCGUAAUGGAAUAUGAUGAAAGCUUAAGGAGAUAUGUAUUAAGAACUCAACUGCCCAAAUGGAACAUACUAGAGGAAUAA